GCGAAAAAACCGGCUGAUUUGUUGAUGUUUUGCAUAUGUAGGCGUUGAUACCGCGCGAGAAAUGGGCAGUAUGAUUAAGAUAUCGGCUCUCAACGAGGAGUCGAGCGAGGAAAGCGAGGAGGAGGAUUUGCCUACGAUCACGAAGGAGGCGCAGGAACAAAUAGCACUGACAGAAUAUAACAAAGCCUUAGAAUUGCUGAAAGAGAAUAAGCGGGAGGAGGCGCUGGUUAUUUUUAAGGACCUCUUAGAGACUGAAUUAUUAGAUGAAGUAGAGAAGCCGGAAGUACCAGAUGGCAGGUCGAGGCCGAUGUUAUCCUUGAAGUAUUCCUGUUUCAAGAACAUCGGCGCCAUUCAGGCAGCUUGCGAGAAUUACACGGAAGCUGUAGAAAACUACUGGGAGGCUGCGAACUUGGAUGAUUCCGAUGUAACGCUGUGGUAUAGAAUUGGUACAUUGGCCAUGAAAAUUUCUAACUUAGAAUUAGCCUGUUCGUCCUUCAAGCAGGGCCUGAAGUGUAACUCGAGUCACUGGCCAUGCCUGGACAAUUUAAUAACUGCCUUAUAUGCCGUUCCUGAUCACAUGAACUGUCUGUUAUAUAUUUCUACGGCGUUGGAGAAAGAUCCUAAUUAUGUGAAGGGUCUGGCUUUCCGUGACAAAAUAUUUAAAGACAUUCCAUGUAUGGAGGAAUGUUACAAGCUGUACAACAGUGAUUGGCAAUUGGAUCCACCUUUGUAUACGGAAUAUGAUCACGUGUUGGGUGAUAAAUUAUUAGCAGAAGCGAAGGAGGUAUCCGAAAAAUGGGCGGAAGUUUGUAAGGCCGAGUUCACGCCGAAACCGUUGCCGGAAUUGACUCUAAGAACGCCUCUGAUAAGCUGUACAUGGUUGGCCCUCGGAGAAAGCUUGCUGGAUAUGCAUAGGUACAUCACUGAGAACAAUUUAAACUUCGUAAGCCGAAUUAUAUUAUUAGUUCAAAAGCCCGAUGACAAGGAUGUGGUGGCGAGUAAUGAGUGCGAGGCUGAAGAAAGUAACGUUAUGGAGAUAGAUCAGGAAAACUUACCUGAUUCAACUCCAAACGGGGACACCGACAUCGGCAAGUCUGUUAAGAUGGAAACGGAAGAUUGUACUUUCGAGAUGUCCGAUGACAAUCAAGCCUUUAAUACAGCUUCAGAUACAGCGAUGGAAGUUGAGACUGAAGACGACAAGAAAUCUUGCUCAACCGAUGUGCAAAUAAUCGAAGAUGAAGAUCCACUGAGAAUGUCCGACACGGACGGCUUGCAAUUUGAGGAACAAAGUCAAACGAAGAACAUGGAUUCGGAGGAACAGAUGCAAUACGAAGUAGACGCUAAUGUUGACAAAUUGGAGAGCGACAAGGUCACGGAUGACGUUUACAGCACGGAUAACGGAGCGCCUAACGAGAAAUCCAGCGACAAGGAAAGUGACAAGUCGAGCGACAAGGCGUCCGAGAAAGGCGUCGGUGAGAAGACGAACGACGCGGUGAACAAAGCGGAUGAUAAAGCUCAUUCGGAAAAAAUGAUCGAUGGAAAGGAAGAGGGGCAAAAGGUGAAGAAGAGGCGCAGAAGCGCACUGUGCUUCUUGCAGCAGUGGGCAUGGAGUUGCAGCAGCAUGAGACGAUCCGCAAGAGUCAGGGGUUCGAAUAGAAGGGAAGCGGAGAGGGAUGACGUUCAGCUGGAAGAAACACUACGAAGACUGUUUCCUAGCACUCUGUUGCCAGAUACGGUGAGGCUGACUAAAGAUGACAUCACUAAAAACGCAGAUGACUCUAUGGAUACCAUGGAUAUGUAUCAAUUAUUCGCAAAUCAAGAGCAUAAUGGUAACAAUAUGGAGGCCCUUAAGAGUUCGGAGAGCUCCAAAUCACCGAGCCCUGACACGAGUCAACAGCAGAAAUACUUCGAAACGGAAGCGGAAAUUGCCGAUGUGGAUGCGUUUAUAAGUCAGCAUAGUAGCAAAAGUAACUUAAUGAUCAUCAUCGCGAAAUACGCCGAGUUUUUGUGCACCAAGUGGAGUCAGGAAUGGCCGAAAGGGAUGCCGGAGAUUUACUUACAGGCUUAUGCCUUUAUGAGGCAACAUAUCCCACACUUGUCACCGUUCGACGAUGAUGUCGACGAAAAAAUAUUAAAGAUGGAUACCGAGAUGACGUUGUUAUUUGGUGAACUUCAUACAGACAGGUGGCUGGAUAACAAGCCAGAAACUCUGUCAGGUUCAACGUUGGAUAAGCUUGGUACCGGGCUGCCAGCCGAGGAAUUGGGGCAUAUAAUAUUUACAAGUGUUAGACAGGAUCUCUUAAGUGAAGAGAAUUUAUACAUUUUACUUAGGAUCUUGUGGCUUAAAGCUAAUAUCUUUUUGUGCCAAGGUGAUAUAGAUAUCGUCAUAGAGACGUUAGAAUUGUUGUUAAAUCGCCUGCAAGUAAUUGAGAGUAAAAAGCCAAAUGCUUGUAUCACUCUUUCAAAUUGUAAAAAUAACUCUCAAAUCAGCACGAAGCUUGUAAAGAAGAAGCUUACGUCGAUUCAAAGGGGUCAAAAGUUGGGCGAGAUCCAGCGUCUGUACGAUGAGAAGAAAUAUGCUGAACUCUCUUACAUACUGCAGGAUACUUUCAAAUUUGCCAAACAGAGGCACAAAUUGUUGAUAACGAAUGAAAAAAUUGUCGAUCGAGUUCGACAAUUAACCAUGUUGCUCGACAGUUUAUGGCAACUUCAGCAGUAUGAGGAAUGUUACGUUUGGGCGGAAGCUUGUCUCAAUGAGUCGUGGCAAAACUAUUUAAAUUCCUCCGACGAAGCUGAACAGAAGAAAUGGGCGAGUUCCGUUCUGACGGCACUCGAGAAAUUAGAGGCCUGUACAAUCGAAGUUAGCGUAUUCACUGUAAAGUACCUGUCGGAGCCUCGUUUGUCAAGGUUGGUUCAAAAUCUAGUCCACAUCGUUUGUCACCAAUUAGACGUACCGGAGAACGCUGUAGAAAUGCCACUCGAAACUGUGUUACCUUGGAUCCUGUUGCAUUACAUUUUGCAAUACGAGGAGGACAAGGAGAGAGCAAAGGCUGAAUCCCCUUAUAAAAAUAAGAUCCACGGCUCUCAUCAUUCCGAGUCAGAUGACGAGGACGAGGGCAUCCCGCCGUCCGUAAUGAUUUUGUUCACUGCCCAUGAAUUUAUCGGUAGGCACUCGUGGUGUUGCUUCAACGAGGCGAAAUUACUCUUCUUCACUAUGAAUCUCAUUAUACCGCAACUCGAGACUCCGCAGUACACCACCAUCAAGAACCGGCUCACCAAGUAUCUCGAGCAGAUAUUCUUCUGCCUGUACGGUCAUCCCAACAGAGUGAACAAGACACGGCCCAAGUAUCUUCAGGAUCACGGGGUGCCGCAGAUGGAGCUGACUUGGGAAGGAGCCCAGCUAUUGUUCGAUUUUUACAAGCCGAAGCAGCUGCCCAACUUUCAGUCACCUCGUCUCCUCUCCAUCAGCAUGGACACAGAGAUACUGUUCAAGAGGAUAAUCAGGCUGGUCCCGCAGGAGAGUGACCCGAAUCAGAUAGUAGAGGACAUGACGGCCUACAUAAUCGGCGCCAAGGAGAAAAUGCCGAGCGUGAUAAAGCCGUUGCCGCACGCGAUAUCCACCGUCUACUACUUGCUAGGCGACUUCUAUUUCAAGAACAACAAGUGGGAACACGCCUGCCGUUACUACCUUCUGGAUCUGUGCUUGUAUCCUAGGGGAUUAAAUUCGUGGGCGGGCUUAGCCAUGGCAACGGGCAGCAUAAUCGAGAAUUGGCUGAACAAUUACAGACCUAUAGGAAAGGACAAGUUUCUCAAUAAAGCGAAGAUGGCACAGUCGAGUUAUCAGCACGCUAUCGAGCUGGCGCCCGGCCACUCUGUGAUCUGGACGGAGUACGGAAACUUCGUCUACAUGGUUCAUUCGUUCUGUUCGCGGCUGCUCAAACAGGAGACCGACACGCUGAGUAUGGAGAGAUUUGAAAUUUUGGAAACCAGGAAAGAGGAGAUGCUGGAGAUCGCGGAUCAGUGUUUCGAGUCUGCCAAUCGGAUAUGCCAGACUAUCGAGGAGCCGACUAUGCAUCACGACGAGAGAUGGCUUUACCAGUAUAUGCUCGGUAAAGUCGCGGAGAAGAAGAAUGAGGAUCCUCCUGCAUUUUUGGAACAUUAUGCAAAGGCUAGUGAAUUGUUAUACGAGAAUAAUGCCCAGUACCCACGUAGAAUAAGUCACAAAAGUCCGCAGAAUUUAGCUAUAGAGGCGUUAGAGGUUCACUAUCGCAUCCACGCCAGCAUACUCAAGUAUUUGGAGCAACACGAGGGGAAGCCGCUAAAGAAGUCGUUGGGUCGGUUGUUCCAUUGGCAUCUCAAGAAUUGUUCGGAGGGGUCUUUCAUGAAGUAUCAGUCCAAGCUCAACGAGAAGAAGAAGGAGGAGUGCUCUGAUACCGAGAAAACCACUUCGAAGGAAUCCGAUAGCGCGAUAGAUGUCGAUAAAAAUAUGGCGGCGGUAUGCCAACGCUCAAGUAGUAUCGAGGAAAUAGAAAUCGUAGAUAGAUCGAGUAAAUUCGCCGAUGUUAAAUGUACAGAGCCGGGAAGGCCGGAAGGUCGCAAGAGGUAUCCCGACGAAACGUCGCACGACAAUACGAAGAGAAUAAAAUUAGGUAGCGUCUCGCACUUGCAGCUGAUGCAGGACGUCGUGGCGUUAAUAGACGAUUUGAUCACGAAAGUGUGCGAUAUGGCGUCGCAAAAGGAGAAAACGAGCGACGACGUGAUGGUCCUGUCUAGCGACGAGAGCAAUGAGUCGAGAUUGCAGAAGAAAAAACUGGAGAACAGGAACGCCGAUAAGACGAAGUCGCAGGCGAGGGCCGAAGAGAGCAAAAAAAGCUCACCGAAUAUAUUAGAUUCCGACCGAAAGACUGAUAAUGUACAGGAUAUCAUGGAUGCUCUGAUGAAGCAGGCGAUGGAAAUCAGCCAAGAAACUCAACAGUCUUCGUUGGACGACGAGGAUACCAGAAAAUUCGACGGCAAGUGGCUGCAGAACGAAGACUUGCAGCAGUCCUCAGAGAAGGAGAGAGAUGGCAAGGACAAGACAGGGGACAAGAGAAAAACGCAAGCCGGUACAAACGAGGAGAUCACUCUGAGCAGGAGAGGCUCGCAGGAAAGCACUACGACUACGCAAACCACUACCACGACUACGGAGACGAAUAAUUCCAGUUCCAGCAGCAGCGAGGAGUCCAGCAGCAGCGACGACAGCUCCGACAGUGACAGUUCCAGCGACAGUGACAGCGAGUCCGUCGACAGCGACGCGGAUAAGAAGAAGAAGGAUUCGAACAUUACGGAAAACGAAGAACAAAUGCCAGAAGAAGAAGUCGCAUCGCUAAUCGCAUACUGCCUGGCCGGCUUGGAGCAAUGUAUAUUAAGGUUCACAGAGCAUCACAAGUCCUUCUACAGACUGGCGCACUUCUUCUUCAAUAAUAAAAAGUCAAAGAAUACUGCGAGAUGUAAGGAUCUCUUGUUAGGAACAUACACUUGUCAGUUUUACCCCGGACAAACUUUCCAAGGACUUUUCGCCGAUAGAAGAAGCACCAAUUUCUUUAACGGAGUGUGGCAUAUACCGGUCAACGAGAUCGACCGGCCUGGAAGUUUCGCCUCGCAUAUGUCGAAAUGCGUGACGUUACUUAUGCAAGUACUAAAGGAGACCAACGACAGUCGAAUGUUGAUGCAAUUAUGCAUACAGCUCGGGAAGAUACCGGAUUCGGACAAGAAAUACUUGCGUGACUCCGAAAGAGAACAAUUGUCACGCCAAGCUUUGACGCUCUGCCAACAGUCGCUGAGAAGUAGAGUGCAGGCGAUGGGAUCGGCGAGCACGAUUGACAGUGUCCACCUUAUCAGAACCGAUGCUAGAACACAAGUGUUGCUUGAUGUAUACGAAACAUAUCAGCUCGUGCAGAAAAAUUUUCAGGGUAAGGAGUCGACUAUACAGGCGUUUGCAGCUUUGUUAACGGACACGUACAAAAUGUACAUAGGAAACAAACACUUGGAUGGUAAUACCUUGGAUAUCGCCAUCAAAUGUUGCCAGCGUCAGAUACAAGCGAAUAAAAUCGCGUCGAUCAGCAAUAGCACCACCGGUCACAUACAACCGCCUCAAGCUGUUUCCACAGUUUCGGCGCCGCCGCCGCCGCCGCCGGUACAAGUGAAUUCCACAUCUCCGCAAGCUUCGCAAAAUCCCCGCAAACCGCAUAGAAACCUGACGUCCACCGGCCGACCCAGAGGACGGCCGCCCAAUGUCAGCAAAUACUUGCAACCCAUACAGCAAGGCGGCAACGUGAUGAGUCAGUUCGGCUCCAAGAGCAACUACGCGAGCUACAUGGGCGCGUCCGGGCCGAACCGUUCGAUGAUGAAUCCUUACUACAUGAGCCCGCUGGUCGACCCGACCGUAUUGUCGGCCCUGUUGGCCAGCAACAUCAUGGACCCCCUGUCAGCGAUGAGCUAUUUGAAUCAAAUGGGAAGCUACCAGGACAUUAUCCGGCAGUAUCAGAGCAACUUGUCGUCCCUGACCAAUCUCGCCGCCGGUGGCUUGAGCAAUCCCGGCACCACUAUGACCGCCGGCAUCAGCAAUGUCUCGACGAUGAGCACGACCACCAGCCCCAGUAUCAACAGCAACAUCGGUAACCUGAGCAAUCUGAACAUGACGAUGCAACAGUUGCUGAGCAUGAGCAAUUCCACGGGGUCGGCGAGCUCGCGACCGAUGUACCAUCAAACGACGGCCAAGACCAGCACGACCGUGUCGAUGACGAAGGACAGGCCCAGCAUAUCCAUCACGCCGGUAAGCACGUCGCUCGGCCAGCAGCCGCACAAGUCCGCCAAGCCCAGCAGCAGCAAGCAGCCGAGCGGCACGCAGAGCGACCAAUUACCCGUUCACAUACCCAAGUCACUUCAGAUAUCGCCGACGAAGCCGGCGGUGUUGCACACGUCGAAUACAGCGCAGGUGUCCCUGCUGAAGCCAUCCGUCAUCCAACAGGUGAAGACCAGCCCGCCGAAGCAGGUGACCGCCCCGCAGAUUCGCGUCUCGAAGUCGCUGAUCGAGCCGCAGCCGGCGCACAACUCCACGCUGUCGCACUCACCCCUGAAGAGCGGCGGUACUGCCGGCGGCACGACGAAUCCCACGGUCGUUCCUCAGGUCGCUCACACCGCCGGCGCCAUGGGCGCGCCCGUCGUCAUGAAGAGUCUACCCCUGAAUCUGCCCGCCUCACGCUCCGGCACUUCCCUGCAGCACAAAUUGCUGUCGAAGAAGAACUCCCAGCGGCAGUACCCGCAGAGCACGAGCGUGCAGAACUUGAUGAGGAAGACGAAAGCCGCGAGCAAAGCGAUGCCCGUGCUGUCUGGCAAUUUUCCCAAUUUAUUGAGCGCAAUGCCACCUGGGAGCAGUGCUGCGAUGUCGCAACCGUCGCCUUUUAUACCGCCGGAAUUGAGCGGCAUCUCCGUCAGUGCCGUGACGCAGCCUCCCGGUAUGAAGGCCAACAAGGCGUAUCACGGUUAUAAAAAAUCGAACGUCAAGUCGAAAGUGACGUCAGCGGCAACGGCCGUCGUCACGGUGGCUGCGGUGGAUGUGCCGAGCUCCUUGCCGCCGUCCUAUUCCCAGAGCAGCUCGGUCGACGCGCUCUCGAUGCUGACGCAGUUGCAACAGCACUCGCACUUGGAGAUAAUACCGCAGCAGAAGGCGCCGUUGAAGCCGAGCAUCGACUAUUCGAAGGUGACGAUGGUGCCGCAGAAGGUGCCGUCGGAGACGCUGAGGCCCUCGACGGCCGCCGAAUGUAUGCCCAUGUACGAUAUGCCGAGGGGAAAGCCGCCGGCUAACAUCCAAGCCAAGAAGACGGAUAAACUCGCGAACGAUAGCGUGGAAAUCAUCACGUUGGACGAUUAAUCGGAAAACUCGCAUUCUAACGGUGGCGCGCACACCGCCGGAGAUUAUCCCGCGCUCACGUUUCGCGCGAAGGUGUGUUACCCUCGUCUUCGAGAAAACCGGCGAAGUCAACUCGACUCGAUGAGAUUGGUAUCGCUAAUUAGUUCCUCGUAGUCGAAACGACAAAUCGACAUCGCGGACAGCACUUACUUGACGUAUCGCGUUGCGUGGAAUUUUUUGUAUAAAACUCCGGCGUCCUGCAGCCGUGUUGAGAAACUGGUUGCGUACGUCCACAGUAUUCCAGCGCCAACGAGUUGAGACGUGACGUUUUGCGACUUUAGCAUUAAGAGAGUAAAUUAUUAUUGCGCGAAAGUAUUUUGCUUUUUUGUAUAUACAUAAACUUUAUAUACUUCCUAACACUGUGUAAAAUUCUCUCGAUUACGAUACAAAGCGAACGUUUCGACUGUUUAUCCGACCGUUUUGGGUAAUCGUAUGUUUAUCAAUUUCACCUUCGCCGGGGAGAUGUAAACGUAUGAAUUUUGCAGGAAGACAAUUUUACAUGUAUCCGUAUUAUGGAAAGAACACAGUCGCCAAAUUUACAAUUCAAUAGUAGAUAGAAGUACUAACGAGUGACUAACGUCGUAUCGAAAUUUUCAGUUUAGGAGAAAGAUUAAUAUAUUUAAUGAUCGUUAUAUGAAUAUUAAACGAGAAACACGAGGAAAUCUUUACGUCGUUCGGUUGCAAUGUCACGCGCACGUUCUUCGUUGGAAAUAUGCUUAGAUUCACUUACAACACGCCCCACAGACACGAACGAGCUACGCGUUGUUUUCUCAGCGAUUUUACUAAGGCAUUUUCGCAUAAGGAGACAUUAUUUUUCUACCGUGUACUUGGCAUAACCGAAGUAAGGUGGGACUUUCUUCUCGAUGUACCAUAAACCGAGUGUAACUGGCAGUCAGUAGACAGUAAUUUUUGUAAAGACAAUUUGUA